AUGGCUUCCACGCCCGCAUCCGCCUUCGCCUGCAACACCUGCUCCACCGCCUUCGACGAUGGCCAAAUCCAGCAACGUGCUCACGUGCGAGACCCAUGGCAUCAAUACAACAUUCAACGCCGGAUAGCCUCACUGCCGCCCAUAACCCAGCAGCAGUUUGAAUCAAACGUCCAGCCCACCACAGCCCCAGUCUUCCCCAAGAACAAACAUGCAAACGGCAAAAUCUCCACCGGCCCCACCAACCAGAAGCACCGCCCGAGAGACAAGCAACCUCCAUUCCCAUCCCCAUCAUCCGACUCAGGCACAGAAGUGAUCGACCCAGACCGCGAUGCUCCCCGCCCCUGCCACUCCCCCUCCAUCUCCUCCGACUUCGACGAUGAAGACGAAGACGAAGAAUCAGAAUCAGAAUCCCCACCCGUAGACCUCAGCCCAACGACCUGCCUCUUCUGCCCCUCGCCCUCCCCCACCCCCGCCGCCAACCUCGCCCACAUGUCCACCGCCCACGGCCUCUUUGUCCCCUCCCCCGCCCAGCUCAUCGACCUCGACACCUUCCUCCUCUACCUCGCCGCCCUCGUGCACCGCCACCACGAAUGCCUCUACUGCGCCGCCGCCUUCGCCUCCGCCGCCGCCGCCCAGACCCACAUGCGCGACAAGGGGCACUGCAUGAUCAACCUGGACGAAGACGUCGAGGGCGGGCUGCUGGACUUCUGGGAGUUCGACGACGAGGAUGACGGGGACGAGGACGACGAAAACGAUGAUGAUCGUGAAGGCGGAGCGGCGGGCGCCGCCGGCGGCGCACCCGUCAGCGUCUCCGACACCGAGAUGCGUCUCCCGUCCGGCGCCAUCGUCGGGUCCCGCCACCACGCCGAGAGCGGCGUCGUGCACGGCCGGCACGGCCUCGUGGGGGCGCGGGCCCAGGCCGCGAAGCGCCGCACUAGGCUGGCGAUUGCGGAGGGUGGAGAAGCGGAGGGGGAAGAGGACGCGGAUGCUCGGCCGCAGCAGCAGCAAACGGCGAGCAGUAGUAGGGAUCGCCGGGUUGCGGUGAGGGGGGAGAUGGGGCUGGUGGGCGUGCCGGAGCAGCAGAGGAGGGCGCUGGUGGCGGUGGAGAAGAAGAUGAUGAAGCGGGAGGCGGUGGCGCGGGCGGCGCAGCGGUGGGCGACGGAGAAGGUGGCGAAUAGGCAGAAGUUCUUCAAGCCUGAUGUUCCGGGGAGGAAGAAUGGAUGA